AGGUUCGGGAUUCGGUGUGGUUCGCUUGCUUAUUUAGAGAAAGAAAUACACACAGGGCCUACACAAUGAGAGAAAUCGUACAUCUGCAAGCUGGCCAGUGCGGUAACCAGAUAGGAGCUAAGUUCUGGGAAGUCAUCAGUGAUGAACAUGGCAUUGAUCCAACAGGAAGCUACCAUGGAGAUAGUGACCUGCAGCUUGAAAGGAUUAGUGUAUACUACAAUGAGGCAUCAGGUGGGAAGUAUGUUCCAAGAGCUAUUCUUGUGGACUUAGAGCCAGGAACCAUGGACUCUGUCCGCUCAGGCCCCUUCGGACAGAUCUUCCGACCAGAUAACUUUGUUUUUGGCCAGAGUGGUGCUGGAAACAAUUGGGCUAAAGGUCACUAUACUGAGGGAGCAGAACUGGUAGACUCUGUCAUGGAUGUGGUGAGAAAGGAAUCUGAAAGUUGUGACUGUCUGCAGGGCUUUCAACUCACUCAUUCACUGGGUGGGGGAACAGGCUCUGGCAUGGGAACUCUGCUUAUUAGCAAAAUCAGGGAAGAGUACCCAGAUCGCAUUAUGAACACCUUCAGUGUAGUACCAUCCCCUAAGGUAUCUGAUACAGUGGUUGAACCAUAUAAUGCAACACUCUCUGUGCACCAGCUGGUGGAGAACACUGAUGAAACCUUCUGCAUAGACUACGAGGCCCUGUAUGACAUCUGCUUCCGCACACUUAAAUUGACCACCCCAACCUAUGGCGACCUUAACCACUUAGUCAGUGCCACAAUGAGUGGUGUCACUACUUGCCUCCGUUUCCCAGGGCAAAUCAAUGCUGAUCUUUGCAAGCUAGCAGUCAACAUGGUCCCAUUCCCACGUCUUCACUUCUUCAUGCCAGGAUUUGCUCAACUAACCAGCCGUGGCAGCCAGCAAUACCGCUCCCUAACUGUGCCAGAGCUUACCCAACAGAUGUUUGAUUCAAAGAAUAUGAUGGCUGCCUGCGAUCCACGUCAUGGGCGCUAUCUUACUGUUGCUGCUAUUUUCAGAGGACGCAUGUCCAUGAAGGAGGUAGAUGAGCAGAUGAUGAAUGUCCAGAACAAGAACAGCAGCUACUUUGUGGAGUGGAUCCCAAACAAUGUCAAGACUGCUGUGUGUGAUAUUCCUCCCCGUGGCCUCAAGAUGUCAGCAACAUUCAUUGGGAACAGCACAGCCAUCCAGGAGCUGUUCAAGCGUAUCUCUGAACAGUUCACAGCCAUGUUCCGCCGAAAGGCCUUCCUGCAUUGGUACACAGGAGAGGGAAUGGACGAGAUGGAAUUCACAGAUGCAGAGAGCAACAUUAAUGACCUGGUGUCAGAAUACCAGCAAUACCAGGAUGCCACAGCAGAAGAGGGAGAAUUUGAAGAGGAUGCAGAGGAAGAAAUUGCUUGAUUUUCCAGAUGUCAAUUUAACCCUUCCAUCGUAAUUUAACCCCACCCUUUCUCCUGUAACACAUCUAAGUCACGGAAUAG